AGAAUCCUACGCUACUCACGACUAUGCCUGCACAAGCUCCCCGUACCCUCUACGACAAAAUUUGGGAUGAUCAUGUCGUUGAAAUUAACGACGAUGGUUUGGCGUUGUUGUAUAUCGACCGUCAUUUAGUCCACGAAGUCACCAGUCCUCAGGCGUUUGAGGGAUUACGAAGUGCUGGACGACCUGUCCGUCGACCAGAUUGUACAUUGGCAACUGUAGACCACAACGUUCCGACCGCAUCUCGCAAGAAUUUUGUGAACGUCGAAUCUUUCAUCACUGAACCUGAUUCCCGUGCACAAUGCGUCGCACUCGAAGAAAAUGUAAAAGAGUUUGGUGUUACCUACUUUGGAAUGACCGAUAAGCGUCAAGGAAUCGUUCAUAUUAUCGGUCCCGAACAAGGAUUCACUCUUCCAGGCAUCACUUGUGUGUGUGGUGACUCCCAUACGUCCACGCACGGGGCAUUUGGUUCGCUGGCUUUUGGCAUCGGUACAUCAGAGGUAGAACAUGUGCUUGCGACACAGACCCUGCUACAGAAGAAGCAGAAGAAUAUGCGCAUCAUAGUCGAUGGCGAACUUCACGAAGGGGUUACUUCCAAAGAUGUUAUCCUCCAUAUCAUCGGCGUCAUUGGGACUGCCGGUGGAACUGGUGCAGUCAUCGAGUAUGCUGGUUCUGCGAUCCGUGGAUUUAGUAUGGAGGCCAGGAUGAGUAUGUGCAAUAUGAGUAUUGAAGCAGGCGCUCGUGCCGGCAUGGUGGCUCCUGAUGAAGUUACCUUUGCUUACCUUCGUGACCGUCCCCUUGCCCCACCUAGAGGCGAGGCGUGGGAUCGCGCAGAAGCGUAUUGGCGAACUCUCAAAUCUGAUGAGGGUGCCAAGUUCGACAUAGAAGUGAAGAUUGACGCUUUCGACAUCAUACCUACUGUAACAUGGGGAACCUCUCCUGAAGACGUGGUUCCCAUCACUGGUGUCGUUCCCGAUCCCAAGUCGUUCUCGAAUUCUGUCAAGUGUGCCUCUGCAGAGCGUGCGUUGAAGUACAUGGGGUUGAUUCCGAAUACGCCCAUGGAGGAAAUCAAGAUCGAUAAGGUAUUUAUUGGAUCUUGCACCAACAGUCGAAUCGAGGAUUUGCGCUCGGCAGCCAGAGUCGUCAUCGCUGCUGGUCCCGAAGCCAGAGUCGCUCCUGGGGUUUAUGCUAUGAUCGUUCCUGGUUCAGGCUUGAUCAAAAAGCAUGCAGAAGCGGAAGGACUGGAUACAGUUUUCAAGAGAGCGGGGUUUGAUUGGCGUGAAGCGGGUUGCUCAAUGUGUUUGGGAAUGAACCCGGAUCAACUGUCUCCGGGUGAACGUUGCGCAAGUACGAGCAACCGUAACUUCGAGGGAAGACAGGGAUCUGGAGGUCGAACCCACUUGCUCAGUCCCGGAAUGGCUGCAGCUGCAGCUGUCACCGGGAAAUUGACGGAUGUGCGCAAGUUCCUUGGUGCUUUUGAAGCCAAUGUUGCUACUGGACCGAAAGUCAAACUUCACAGCGCUUUCGAGUUCAUGGACGACCCCGUUCAACCAUCACCUGCCCCGACUCAAUCCACGGCACCUUCUUCAGGUACAGCUUUACUCUCCGCCGAAGACCCUAGUUCGGUCGAAAAAUUUACCGUUGUCAGAGGCACUGCGGCCCCUCUUUAUAUUGAGAAUGUUGAUACCGACAUGAUUAUCCCGAAACAAUUCUUGAAAACGUUAAAACGAACUGGUCUCAAGAAUGCGUUGUUCUUCACUCUUCGAAAAGACCCUCGUACUGGGAAUGAUACAGACUUUGUUCUCAAUCGCGCUCCCUAUGAUCAAGCGAAAAUUCUCGUCUGCACUGGCAAGAACUUUGGAUGUGGUAGCUCUCGUGAACAUGCACCCUGGAGUUUGAAGGACUUUGGAAUCCGCUGCGUUAUUGCGCCUAGUUUUGCCGACAUCUUCCGUAACAAUUCGAUGCAAAACGGGAUGCUUCCCGUAGCACUGAGUCAGGAAGAAUGUCAAACUUUGGCUGCAGAUGCGGAAGCUGGCGAGGAGCUUGAAGUGGAUCUUGAAAAACAGGAAGUACGUCGUGCCAGUGGCAAACCUGCCAUCUCGUUCACUACGGAUCCGUUCCGUAGGGAUUGUCUGCUGAAUGGGUUAGACGACAUCGCCCUGACGAUGCAAAAGUUAAUGAGUAUAGAGAGCUUCGAACAGAGACGGAGCACGACAUGGCCCUGGUUGGAUGGGUUUGGAUAUGUGAAGAAGGGUGGCAAAAUUCCCGUGGCUCCAACGCAGAGCUCCAAGAAGGUGGACUGGUAAAGCUUUUCGAUUGAAGUUUUUGUGCCGAAAUAUGUAGUAUAAUGUAGUGGUAAUGCGCAAUCCUCCCGCCAAAAAGUUAGCCGAG